AUGUCUCGCUCGACAGGCGGCUAUGCCAACCUUUCGACCCGCGAACCGCUCCGCGACUCGCUCGAGCUAGCCUCCCUUGCGUCUUCGUCCCAGCCUUCACGCAGAAGUUCGAUUUCCUCCGACUCGGGCGCUGCCUCCUCGCGCCGCCUGUCGCUUGACGAAGAGGACCCUCUUAACGACCAGAAUCCCGCAAGCCUGAGUCGCCAUAACCGCUCCUACUCGGUCUCGUCCGCCUUUGACUUCGCUACCAACCUCUUCCCUUUGUCCACCACCGCCGGCGGAUACACAGCCCUAGGAGCGCCCUCCACCACCGACUUCGAAUCCGCAAACGCCCUCAACGGCGGAUCGCUAGAGAAGCACAAAUCGCUCACCUACCUGAAUGGCCUGUCGCUGGUCAUUGGCCUGAUCAUCGGCUCAGGCAUCUUCUCCUCUCCGAGCCAGGUCAAUGCCAAUGCCGGGUCGCCAGGGGCUGCGCUUAUAAUCUGGGUGGUUGCGGGUGUGCUGGCAUGGACUGGCGCCGCGAGUUAUGCAGAGCUGGGCGGUGCGAUCCCGCUGAACGGAGGUGCUCAGGUCUACCUAUCCAAGAUUUUCGGAGAAUGGGCCGGCUUUCUGUUCACGUGGUGUGCCGUCACGGUCUUGAAGCCUGGGUCGGCCGCCAUCAUCGCCAUUAUCUUUGGCGAAUAUUGCGUGCGCGCUGUCAUUGGCCCAGACGCCAUGGAAAUAAGCUUCUGGCUCAAUAAAGGCGUUGCGCUAGGCGGUCUGAUCCUCGUAACCUUCCUCAAUUGCGUUUCCACCAAGCUCGGCACCCGGAGCGCCGACUUUUUCAUGUUUCUCAAGUUUGUCGCCUUAAUUGGAGUCGCGAUUACCGGUAUUGUGGUCGCCGCCACUGGCUGGUCCUGGAAAGGAGACGCAAGUAAUGAUUGGAAAACCAAGGGAUGGUUUGAGGGCACUAAUGACAACAUCUCCAAUUUGGCUGUCGCCCUGUACGCAGGGCUGUGGGCCUUUGACGGCUGGGACAACGUUAAUUAUGUGACUGGAGAAUUCGUGAAUCCUGCUCGCGAUCUUCCGCGGGUUAUUCACAGCUCGCUGCCGCUUGUCAUUCUCAGCUACCUCCUCGCCAAUGUUGCAUAUUUCCUCGUCCUGCCGUCGUCGACCAUAGAAUCCAGCAACACAGUCGCCGUGGCAUUCGGCUCCCAGGUGUUCGGACCGAUUGGAUCUCUCAUUCUCGCUCUAAUCGUCGGCGGUAGCUGUUUCGGAGCGCUGAACGCAACGACAUUCACGAGCGGACGACUGGUGUACGCGGCGGGCAAAGAAGGAUAUCUGCCGGAAGUAUUUGGCAGGAUCGGCAUUGGAAAGCGGACCGCUGUGCGCUUGGGAAACCGGGGAGGUCGCCAGGCUGGGCGUUUUGCACGCAUGAUUUCUGACGACGUUGGAAUGUUUUUCACGCCGAUCAAUGCCAUGCUGCUCAAUGCUGGGCUUACGGCUGUUUAUAUUAUCAUCGGCGAGUUCAACACGCUGGUGACGUUUUACGGUGUUGCGGGCUACACUUUCUAUUUCUUCACUGUCUUGGGACUCAUUGUGUUGAGAGUCAGAGAACCGGAGUUGGAGAGGCCGUACAAGACGUGGAUCACGACGCCUACGAUUUUCUGUUGUGUGAGCUUGUUUCUUGUCAGCAGGGCGGUCAUUGCCGAGCCUGUUCAGACACUGAUUGUACUGGCUUUCAUUCUGGCCGGCGUGCCUUUGUACUGGUGGAGGAUAGGAAGUAAGAAGGGUAGGGAACGGGGAGAAAAGGGCGGGUGGAAGUUCUGGAAACGAUGGAGUUCAUCGUAA